AUGGAGAGGGACCUUGGUGCACGUAUUGGUGGCAUUGAAAAGGUCCUGUGUCAUAUUGCAGAGAUGAUGCCAUGUCUAGCACUGACCCAGGUAGCUGAUGCAGGAGAUAGUGGUGACAGUUCUAAGGGGGAGCAUGCCAAUCCAUUGAAGGUGAUUUUAAAGAACACAAAGAAACCAAAGCCAGUUUGCCGAAUCUGCCUCCAACGAAAGUGGAGAUUGCCUUUUUUUCAACUGUUGCAUGACAUCAGAGUUGGACACCUAAUGAACCUCAAGUAUUAUGUUUCACCGUAUGACUUAUUUGCGGAUACUGGAGAGCAAAUAAUUCUGAAUGACAAUAAUGUUCCUCGUUCCCUUGGUAUGAAUGUUUCUGUGACUAUUGAAGGGACAGCACUGAUGUACAAGCUUCCUAUUGCACCACUUAUCAGUGGAUCCCAUCCUGUUGACAACAAAGGCACCCCUUCCUUCACGUCUGUAAACAGUGCCAAUAGUGUUGACUUUCCUGCUUGCUUUUUUCUGAAAUUCCCUCGGCCUAUUCCUGUUUCCAGAGAAUUUAUCCAGAAAAUUCAGAAUUGCACAGGUAUCCCUGUGAUGGACUCUAUACCUCAGUUUGUUCCCUUAUAUGAGCUGAUAACACAGUUUGAGUUAUCAAAAGAUGAUGAUAGCAUUCCUCUGAACCACAACAUGCGGUUUUAUGCUUCUUUACCAGGACAACAGCAUUGCUAUUUCCUGAACAAAGAUGCUCCUCUCCCUGAUGGCAGGUGCCUGCAAGGAAUGCUUCUCAGUAAGAUCCCAUUCGUACAUCCAGGCCAAGUGCCGCCAAUCUUAGACUUCAUCCGCAAUCAAGUGGCGUAUAAUUCCUUAAUUGGUAGCUGUGUCAAGCGGACCAUACUUAAAGAACGUAAGUGA